AUGCAGGAAGUUGACGAUAAGCACUCACUUCAUCGACUGAAAGCUGACGAAGCUUAUAUGAUCGGCAAAGGACUCCCUCCUGUAGCCGCCUAUCUCGCCAUCGAUCAGAUUAUUGACAUUGCUCUCAAACACAAUGUUGACGCUAUCCAUCCUGGUUAUGGUUUCCUUUCGGAACGAUCGGAUUUUGCCAAAGCUUGCUUUGAUGCUGGUAUCACAUUUAUUGGUCCUAGCGCGGAAGUUGCCGCUAGAGAAGCCGCGAUAGAGGCUGGAGUUCAAGUUGUGCCUGGAACGCCUGGUCCUAUUACCAAAGCAGAUGAUGCUCUCGCAUUUGCUAAGCAAUAUGGAACUCCUAUCAUACUCAAAGCUGCCUACGGAGGUGGGGGACGCGGAAUGCGACGAGUCGACAAUAUUGAUACCCUUAAAGACAACUUCCAACGAGCAUUCUCUGAAGCGCAAGCUGCCUUCGGCGACGGUUCAUUAUUUGUGGAAAAAUUCAUAGAGAGACCAAGACAUAUUGAGGUGCAGCUUCUCGGCGAUAACCAUGGAAAUCUUAUCCACCUUUGCGAACGUGACUGCUCCGUGCAACGUCGUCAUCAGAAAGUUGUCGAAAUCGCUCCUGCCCCAGCUUUGGAUCCGAAUAUUAGGCGGAAAAUCCUUGACGAUGCUGUGCGUCUUGCAAAGUAUGUUGGAUAUCAGAACGCAGGUACCUGCGAGUUCUUGGUGGAUAAGAAAGGCGACUAUUUCUUCAUCGAAGUGAAUGCACGUCUUCAAGUAGAGCACACUGUUUCUGAAGAAAUCACGGGAGUUGAUCUGGUACAAGCUCAGCUGCGAAUUGCAGAAGGUAAAUCACUAGCGGAUUUGAAGCUGAGUCAGGAUAGUAUCGUGCCACAUGGCGCUGCCAUUCAGUGUCGAGUAACCACAGAAGAUCCGGCACGCAACUUCCAACCUGAUUCUGGCAGAAUUGAGGUAUUCCGUUCUGGUGAAGGUAUGGGUAUUCGUCUGGAUUCGGCAUCAGCAUUUGCUGGUUCAGUGAUCUCCCCCUUCUAUGACUCGCUUCUUGUCAAGGUAAUUGCAUCGGCUCGUAAUCACCCCAAUGCCUGCGCAAAAAUGAUCCGUGCUCUGAAAGAGUUCAGAAUUCGAGGAGUCAAGACCAACAUUCCCUUCCUGCUCAAUGUACUUUCUCAAAAACAAUUCCACGAUGCUGCUGUUGACACGUACUUCAUUGAUGAACACCCGGAACUAUUCGAAUUCAGACCGAGUCAGAAUCGAGCGCAAAAGCUGCUUAACUACUUAGGAGAAGUGCAAGUCAAUGGACCAACCACACCUCUUGCCACCGAUCUAAAGCCGGCUUACGUUGAUCCGCCAGUCCCAGCUUAUCGUCCAGAUGAACCUCCACCAAAAGGCCUUCGAGAUGUCCUCGUCAAGGAAGGCCCAGAGGCGUUUGCCCGAGCAGUUCGCCGUCGUCCCGGCUGCAUGAUCACUGAUACUACUUUCCGGUUGGUAUCAUUUCUUAAUCUUAUCUAGGC